GGGAGGGAGGGCAGGAGGAAGGUGGUGGGGAGACUUGGCUUGCUUGCUUGCUUUGCAGGGCAGGGGCCAGGGAAAGGCUUUGGCAACCGGGAGCUGGGCCAUCGGCUAGUGCUAACAGAGCGCUCUCCUCUGGUCCCUUUCGCCUUGGCUGCUGCAAGGAAAGGAGAUCGUGCCUCCUCUGCUGCGCAUGACGCACUGAGCCUGCUUCCAGUCCUUCUGCAAAGAUGUCAGCCUCUUUGGACUUGAAGUCAAAGGAGGAGAAGGACGCGGAGCUGGACAAGAGGAUUGAGGCCCUGCGACGCAAGAACCAAGCCUUGAUCAAGCGCUACCAGGAGAUUGAAGAAGACCGGAAGAAAGCUGAGCAAGAAGGUAUUGCUGUGACUGGCGGGCGAAGAUCCCGGUCUGAUGAAGGAGAUGCCUUCAUCCCAGAGAGGAGGCGAGGAGAGCUGGAUUCCUCCACCCUAACGGUCCAGGUCUUGCUAUCUCCAGAGGAAAAGCGUGUGGUUAGCAAUGAGAGAAGGCACUCUGCUUCCACCAAGGCCUCCCGCAGCGCUUCCCAAGGCCGUGGUUCCUUCCGUGGGGCUCCCUAUCCGGGCAGCCGCUCCCCACGAGGGGAAUGUCUCCCUGAUCAGCCUGUUUGGAAAGAGGGUGGCACAGCUGACCCGGGGGCUGGCAAGCGAGGCCGAGGAGGAGGAGGAGGAAGAGGAGGAGGACGUGGACAGAGAUCCCGGGGAGGACAAGGGGGCCCUGCAGGAGAGCCUGUCCCUGACAGAAGAUCCAAGGAGUGGGAGGAGCGCCGGAGGCAGAACAUUGAGAAGAUGAAUGAGGAGAUGGAGAAGAUCGCCGAAUACGAGCGCAGUCAGCGUCAGGAUGGAGCACAAGAGAAGAAUCCUGUCCGCAACUUCCUAGACGAUCCACGACGCAGCGGCACCUUUGCAGAGUCAGACCGACGGGAAGGGAGCCGGCGUCACAUGCGAAACUGGGGAGGACCGGAUUUUGACAAGGUCAAGACUGGCAUGGAGCAGGGCAAAGAGAGGCCCUCUCCGGGUCGCGGAAGCUCCCGACGCAGAGGGGGACCAUCACCCCCAGCAUCCCUGGACAUGACGCUCUCCAUGACAGGCCGGGAGCGUGCGGAAUAUAUUCGUUGGAAGCAAGAGAGAGAACAGAUUGACCAGGAGAGGCUGGCACGGCAUCGGCAGCCUACGGGCGAGUGGCGUCGGGAAUGGGAUGCAGAGAAGAUGGAUGCAGCGUUUAAAGAAGGUAGCAAGCCUGGAGGCUCAGUAGGUGGUAAGCAUGGCGAGUCCAAGCGUCCCCCCAAACUGCCCACAUUUGGUGAGUUUCUGUCUGAGCAGCAACCAGAUCGGCGCAGGAGGGGCAGAGGAAGAAGCCGUGGGCACCAACGGAACAGCGCUCCUUCCAAGCCCUACAGUAUGCAUGACAAUCGCUGGGAGAAGGAGGAGCCGGAUCAAGCCCCACCACCAGCACCAGUGGAAGAAAAGUCAGCCAUUGACACUGUGCAGCAGGCAGAGACACCUGCCUCUUCUCACACUCUUCCAGAAGAGGAAGAGGUGGAAGGGGAAGAAGAGGAUCAGUGGGAAGAUGUCAGUGGUGGGGAGGAGGAGGAAGAGCAGGACGGGGAUGAAGCUGGAAGCAAUGACAGCCAAGGCUCUGCUGCAGAGGAUGAGAAGGAGAAAGAACAGCCAUCACUGCCUCCUUCCACCAGCUCCUCCCAUCCCCCUGGAAGGAAUGGGCAGCUGUCUCUAGCCAUGCCUCCACCUCAAGAGGAGACUCCAAACACAGAAGGAAAGCCCCUGACUCCAUUUUCACCAGCGGAGGGAUACCACCCUGUUUCUGACUGGGGUGAAGAGAUGGAGCUGAGUUCACCCCGCGCAGAUCUUAGCAAGAGUCCUCUGUCUGUGUCCCAAGAGGGGCCUUCUCCCAGUGCUGGGAUGAGUUCCCCCAAUCCUCCGGCUGGUUCAGGAUCCUUACAGUUAUCCAUGGAGGUGUCAGAAAGGGAGGCAUCUCCUGCACCCAGAGACCCAGAGGCAGAGAUGAGCAAGAAAAUAGACAUACCCAAUCCUGACAGGGAGCCUAUGCAGGAGGAAGCUGGCAAUCAAGGGGCUGCAGCAGAGACCUCAGCUCCUGCGCCCACCAUGGUGGAGAUCACUGACUUCCAGCGGGAGCAGCAGGAGGACUGAAGCACAGAAAGGCAUUUCCUAACAGCUUCCCUUGACCAGGGUGGCCAGGAAGGAGACUGUUGUGAGGCGGAUUCUCUCUCCUUGAUGCUGCUGGACACAGUGGUGACCCUGCCCUACCGCAUUCGAUUUGCCUGUGUUGCUCUCAUGCUCGAGCUCCGAAGUUAAGAGGAGGGGCAACCUUUUCUCAGCACGCUGUAGCUUGCAAAGUCAUCCUUUAGUACAGUGAACACUAAAUUCAUGUGCAAUGAAGACUGUGGCCCCUGCAUGUGAUUUUUUUCUGACUCUGUUCUGUCUCGGGGGGCACACUUGUGCAUGUUGGAAGGGGAAUCUUGUUGCCCCCUGCAAUCGCCUAGCUCUCUGAUCCAUUGUGCGUCCACCUACCGUUCCUUUCUUUGACGUUUCCCAGAGAGGGGCGAUCUGAGGGAAUGCCCACAUUGCCCCUCCACACUUUGAGGAGGAAAAAAACCCCCUGAUAUUUAUCUGUCUGGUCUCCUCUGCCCCAUCGGUUGCUGCUUUUUCCCCCGGGGGUGGGUAGGAAUUGGCUGCUCUAUAUCAUGUACAUUGGGACCUUGUUAUCCACUGGGGUUUGGUUCCAAGAUCCCCCGUGGAUAACAAAAUCCAUGUAUGCUCAAGUCCCACUAAAUAUAAUGACAUAGCAAAAUGGUGUCCCUUAUAAAAAAUGGAAAAUCAAGGUAAAUUUACACUUUUUUGGAACAUUUUCAAACCGUGGAUGCUUGAAUCUGUGUAUAAAAAAUCAGUGUAUAAGAAGGGCCAACUGUAUAAAGGAAAAAAUUGUAAUAAUAAAGUAAUUUUGGUGGCCAGUUGCCUCCCGAACUCUUUAAAAGUGGA